AGUCAUAUAAAUAUCAACAUCCGAACCAAAUUUCUCAAUACAAGUUCGCAGCUGCUUUAAUACAUUAGAUAGUUUUUCGCAGUAUCAUUAUCAUAAUUAUAUAAUGUCGCGUACUAACGUACUUGCUAUUGAUUGCGAAAUGGUUGGAAGUUAUAAUAAAAGCUUAUUGGCGCGUGUGUCAAUUGUAAACCAGAAUGGAAGUGUUAUUCUUGACGAAUUUGUUAAACCCACUUCAACAGUCACCGAUUAUAGGAACUCUGUAAGCGGCGUCGAGAAGAGUGUUUUGGAAAAUGGCAGAGACUUUUCCCUUGUCAAAAACAAGGUGGCCAGUCUUAUACAAGGAUGUAUUCUAGUUGGGCAUUCAUUAAGCUUCGAUCUCGAAGGCUUGGGUUUGUCUCAUCCGGAAAGCAAGCGAAGAGAUUUGGCGAAAUAUAAUCGUCUAUUGCGAAACGGCCAACCUGUUGCUCUAAAGACACUAGCCAGAAAUUAUUUAGGAAGACUAAUUCAAGAAGAUAAACAUGAUUCCGUGGAAGAUGCAAAGGCAUGCAUGGACAUAUACCUUAAACUAGCCAAUGAAUGGGAAAGAAAUUUUUAAACAUUUGUUUCAUUUUUCUUUAGUAAUAUGCCUUACUUAUUGUAAACAGCGUACAUAAUUCUUUGUUAUUAUUUAAUUACAUAUCGAUGAUUAUUAUUUUUGUUUGAAUUAAUGGUUUUUUUUCAUUAUUAGUUUAAUAAAUGUUGUAGAAACUUUGGUAAAAUAAAAUUUUAUAUACAUG